CCAUUUGUAGUAAAGAGCGCAGCGUGAGCGCAAAGAGCAAGAGAAUUUAUACAGAGAGAGGCCGGAGACAGAAAUGGGAGGCUGGGCUAUUGCUGUGCAUGGUGGCGCUGGUGUAGACCCUAAUCUCCCUACACACAGACAGGAGGAGGCCAAGAAACUCCUCACUCGCUGUCUCGACAUCGGCAUCUCUGCCCUCCGAUCUAAUCUCCCAGCUAUUGAUGUCGUCGAGCUCGUCGUAAAAGAAUUGGAAACGGAUCCUCUGUUCAAUUCCGGCCGUGGAUCUGCCCUCACCGCGAAAGGAACGGCGGAGAUGGAAGCCAGCAUUAUGGACGGGCCCAAGAGAAGAUGCGGCGCCGUAUCCGGUGUAACCACCGUGAAGAACCCCAUCUCUCUUGCCCGCCUCGUCAUGGACAAAUCCCCGCAUUCCUACCUGGCCUUCUCUGGGGCAGAAGAAUUCGCCAGGCAACAGGGUGUUGAAACGGUGGAAAAUGACUAUUUUAUUACUGAAGAAAACGUGGGGAUGCUUAAAUUAGCGAAAGAAGCGAAUUCAAUUCUGUUUGAUUACCGUGUCCCAAUUGAGAGCUGUAGUGCCGGCGCCGCCGCCACGGACAGUCCUCUCCAGAUGAACGGACUCCCCAUCAGUAUCUACGCGCCGGAGACAGUUGGGUGCGUGGCGGUGGACAGUCAGGGCCAGUGUGCGGCGGCGACGUCCACCGGAGGGCUGAUGAACAAGAUGACCGGUAGGAUUGGUGACUCACCAAUCAUAGGUGCCGGAACCUACGCGUGUGAUUUGUGUGGAGUAUCCUGCACUGGAGAGGGUGAGGCGAUCAUACGUGGGACCCUGGCGAGGGAAGUGGCGGCGGUGAUGGAGUACAAAGGAUUGAAUCUCCAACAGGCAGUGGAUUUCGUGAUAAACGAAAGGCUGGACCAAGGGUUUGCCGGACUGAUUGCGGUGUCGAAGAACGGGGAGGUGGCUUGUAGGUUUAAUACGAACGGGAUGUUCAGGGGGUGUGCUACUGAGGAUGGGUUCAUGAAGGUCGGAAUCUGGAAUUAGGCAUUAUGAUGAGAGCAAUCUUGGUUUAGCAGCAAAUUAACAAUAAUAGAAAAGAGGGUUAAUAUUAGCAGUUAUGCAGGGCUUAAUGCACCUUCUGUGUUUGUCCUAUUCAAUAUGAGUCAGGCUGAAGCAGCAUGUAUUAGAAAUCGCUAAUAAUAAAAUAGGACUUUCGUUUAAUUCCAA